GCUAAUCAUCAGAUAAACAGCUAAAACAGGUAUCAAUUUGGUGUUGCAAACCCCAGUCAAGUCUGACAUUACCUCAAACCCUUCAGGCCCCACAUUAGGCAAAAAGACUGUCAGGGUUUAAUCCUAGUGGGCAGCUCAGCCCAAUGCAGUCACAGGACUACUUUCCCCCAGUGGGAGGGUGUGAUAAUCGCAAGGAUAAAAGUGAGAAAACUUGUGGGCUGAGAUAAAGAUGGUUAGUAAAAGAGAUAAAGAUAGUAAGUAAAGCUGUGUGCACAAGCAAGGCCAAACAAGGAACAAAUUCAUUACUGCCCAAUGCCAGGCAGGUGUUCAGCCAUCCUGAGGAAAAGAAGACUCCAUCAUCCAUAAUGGUGACUUGUGAAGACAAAUGUGUUCCUGGGAAUGAGAUCAUAACCAAUACCUAACCUCUGGCAUGUGGGAAAAGGUUGUAGACAUAUGGUUACUAUUUCACUAGGACUAAAGACAGCAUCUUCUCCAUGAAGUGAAGGACCAGCUGCUCUACAUUAGACUUUUUGACUUGGGAAAAACCUGAAACACAAAGCCAUUAGGAUCAGCAUUUCGUGAAAUGAAGCAGACUUCUGUCCGAGAUGGCUGUUAUUUGAAUACCUUUCAAAAUGGAGUUGCGUGGUGCAGUACAUGGACAUGAACUUGAUCGACAUCCUUUGGAGGCAAGAUAUAGACCUUGGGGCAAGGCGUGAAGUUUUUGAUUUUAGUCAACGACAGAAGGAGUAUGAGCUUGAGAAACAGAAGAAACUUGAAAAGGAAAGACAAGAGCAGCUCCAAAAAGAGCAGGAGAAAGCCUUGCUGGCUCAGCUGGAGUUAGAUGAAGAGACAGGUGAAUUUGUUCCUGUUCAGCCAGCUCCGCACGUUCAGUCAGAAAAUAUUGAGCCACCAAUCGGGUUUUCACAGACCACACAGACUACAAAACCAGAAGCAGAGGCCUUGUCCUUUGAUGACUGCAUGCAGCUCUUGGCAGGAGCAUUCCCGUUUAUAGAUGACAAUGAGGUAAAAAUGGCUUCUUCAGCUGCAUUUCAGUCACUGGUUCCUGCUCAGAUUGAUAGCAACCCAGUCUUUAUUUCCUCUGAUCAAACGCAGCCAUCUGAAACACCUGCUCUAGUUCCACUUGCUGGUGCAGAGGAUAUGCAGAACAUAGAGCAAAUUUGGGAAGAAUUAUUGUCCCUUCCAGAAUUACAGUGCCUUAACAUUGAAAAUGAUAACCUGGCUGAGGUAAGCACAGUGACAAGCCCUGAAAUGAAGCCAACAGAGAUGCAUGACAGCUACAACUACUACAGCUCAUUACCCAUCAUGAGAAAAGAUGUGAACCCAGAUUUCCUGGAUGGUAUUGAGAGCACCUUCUCUGGCAUUUUGCCACCAGAAGACACCAGUCAAAUGAGUGUGAACUCUGUAAAUGACAUGUCCCCUUCAAACUCUGACUUCUGUGAGGACUUCUACACCACCUUUAUUGAUACAAAGGCAGACAGUGACACAUCAACGACACACACCAUCAGUCAGUCACUUGCAGAAAUCCUAAGUGAACCUAUUGAUCUUUCUGAUUUCUCACUCUGUAAAGCUUUUAGUGGCAGCCACUCAGGAAUCAUACCAGAAUGUAAUGAUUCUGACUCUGGUAUUUCAUUGAAUGCUAGUUCUAGUGUAGCAUCACCUGUUGAAUCAUCUGCCUACAGAGAUAAGACUUAUGGUUGUAGCGAUUCUGAAAUGGAUGACACAGAUAGUACUCCUGGAAGUGCGCCCCAGAGCAAUGCCAGCGCUGCUGUCUCUUUGCCCUUCCAGGAUCAAGCCUUUUCUUCUGGGGAGCCAAGCACUCAAACACCUCAUUUGCAGCAUCCAAACACACCAAAGAAAGAACCCCCUGGCAGUCCAGGCCACCCCAAAGCUCCAUUCACAAAAGAUAAAACUUCAAGCCGCCUUGAAGCUCAUCUCACAGUAGAUGAGCAAAGAGCAAAAGCUCUGCAGAUCCCUUUUCCUGUUGAACAAAUCAUCAACCUCCCUGUAGACGACUUCAACGAAAUGAUGUCCAAGGAGCAGUUCAACGAGGCCCAGGUUACGCUUAUUCGAGAUAUACGCAGGAGAGGCAAGAACAAAGUGGCUGCUCAAAACUGCCGUAAGAGAAAACUGGAAAAUAUAGUGGAACUGAAGCAAGACUUGAGUAACCUAAAAGAUGAGAAAGAGAAGUUGCUUAAGGAAAAGGGAGAGCAUGACAAAAGCCUUCGUCAAAUGAAAAAGCAACUAACCACCUUAUACCUCGAGGUCUUCAGCAUGCUAUGUGAUGAAGAUGGUAAGUCUUACUCUCCUAGUGAAUAUUCACUGCAGCAAACUAGAGACGGCAACAUCUUUCUUGUUCCUAAAAGCAGGAAAGCAGAGACUAACCUUUGAAGGGUGGCACAGCUGGCUACUGUUCUCCGAGUCACUGUUUUUGUAUUGUUAUCCUGAUAGUUUUUACUGGGAGGUGGAAUGCAGAAUGAGGUAGUAUUUUUUUCCAAGUAAUUCUAUGCAAUGAUGAUUUAAAAAUUAAUAAUUAGUUGAUGGAAGAGGCAAGUUUAAAACUAAUAGCGUGAUGCAGAUGGAUGUAUGCAAAAUUUGUAAUCUCACUUUUAUAACAGACCCUGUAGCACCACUUUGACUAAUUUCCAUAUACAUGUAAAUAUUUAAAGAUACCGUAUUUAUAUACAGUUCCUAUCUCUUGUUAUAUUCAUAGAUUUGAUAUAUAUAAAAAUGAUUUUAGCCUUCUAAAUAUAAUUUCUUGCAAGACAGAAUAUGGCUUCUGAUGCUUUUUUAUAAAUAUGUGGUAGUGUUUCCCAUUUUUAUUACACAUUUAUACUUGCUUUAUAUUUAUGUAUGACUUUGAGUAAAAAAGUUGAUACUUGGGUGUUUGAUUUUUGAUUUAUCAGUUCUUUAACCUUUUUUUUUAACUACUUCAUACACACUUAAUUCCUUAAAGAAGGGAAGUCCCUGGUAGUUUUCCAAGGCUCAGUCUUCAUGUAAUAAAUAACCUUAAUACGCAGAUGUGUAUCACCCCCUGUUGUCAGCGCUACUUAUGCUUUGCUCACUGUAACUUGAACUGCGACUUGGAAGGAUUGUAUAACCCAGAGUUAAGUUUCAGGUCUAUGCUAAGUUUACAUAAUCUUUGUUUUGCUCUGUGAACACUACUUAACUUCAUGAGGACAUCUUUCCUACAAAGGCAUUUAAAAAAAUCUAUUAAUGAAGGAAGACAUUGUCAGCAUUAUACAUUUUCCCUGACUAAAAAAUUCUGAGUGCUUUUGAGUAAAUUUUGUAGAAAUACACUGUGUGUGUCUGAGACUGAACAGUGAGGAUUGUUUGUCACUGAUAGGAUGGUGGAGCUUAUAGAAAAAGGCAAGUGCCAUUUGGAACCUGUGAUCAAUAACUGAAAAAUGCUGUGGAGUUUAAAUUAUAAGAGAAUAAAAACUGGGCAAAUAAA